GUUGGUUAGUUUAGAAUGUAGAGUGCACUCGUUUAUGAUUAAAACUGAAUCUGAUGCACCUUUUUCAAUCUGUAAAUGGUGUUAAGCUUUUGUCGAUUGAUUAAAAUUUUCUCCUCACUCGUCUGGAAAAGAAAAAGGAGUUUAUCUAUCCACUUCAGAUUCAUUUAUGCUGACAACAAACGAAGCAUAUGGGAGUAACCUAAAGAAAAAGGGUAGCAUGUGGGCUUUAGAUCAGAACCUCGAUGAGCCUAUUGAUGACGAUGCUGUGAGGAUCAGAAAUAUAUCCAAAGAAAAAAAAUUUUCGGCUCUGUUAAUUCUUCGGCUUGCAUAUCAGAGUCUUGGUGUGGUUUAUGGAGAUUUGGGAACUUCCCCUUUGUACGUUUUCUACAAUACUUUUCCUCAUGGUGCUAAAGAUCAGGAGGAUGUUAUUGGAGCCCUUUCUUUGAUUAUAUACUCACUUACACUGGUGCCGCUCAUCAAAUACGUUUUUAUUGUAUUGAGAGCAAAUGACAAUGGCCAAGGUGGAACAUUUGCUCUCUACUCUUUGCUUUGCCGACACGCCAACAUUAAAAUCAUUCCCAAUCUGCAUCGUACCGAUGAAGAGCUCACUACAUAUAGUCGGGCCACCAUCCACGAAAAGUCGUUUGCUGCGAAAACUAAAAGAUGGAUAGAGGCACACCAAUAUGCUAAAGACACUAUCCUGAUCCUUGUCCUCAUUGGUACCUGCAUGAUGAUUGGGGAUGGGAUUCUUACCCCAACUAUUUCUGUUUUAUCUGCAGUUGGUGGCAUCAAGUUAACUAUCCCUGAUGUGAAAAAUGAAGUGGUAGUGCUGGUUUCUGUUGCAAUAAUAGUUGGGUUAUUCAGCUUGCAACAUUAUGGUACGGAUCGAGUUGGUUGGCUCUUUGCUCCAAUUGUCUUGCUUUGGCUUCUCCUAAUUGGAGCUAUUGGUAUAUACAACAUAUUGAAUUACGAUCGCAGUGUUCUAAGAGCAUUUUCUCCGGUCUAUAUCUAUCGGUAUCUAAAAAGAGGACGGCGAGAAGAUUGGACUUCCCUUGGUGGUAUCAUGCUCAGCAUAACAGGAACCGAAGCUCUUUUUGCUGACCUGGCUCAUUUUCCAGUCUCAUCUGUACAAAUUGCAUUUACUGUUCUUGUAUUUCCUUGCCUUCUCUUGGCGUACUCUGGACAGGCCGCCUAUCUUCUGAAUAACUUGGAUCAUACGCAAGAUGCUUUCUAUCGUUCUAUUCCAGACAAAAUGUACUGGCCGGUAUUUGUUGUGGCAACAGGAGCGGCUGUUGUUGCAAGCCAGGCUACAAUAUCUGCAACCUCUUCAAUUAUUAAGCAAGCCCGUGCUCAUGGCUGUUUUCCGCGAGUCAAAAUCGUACAUACUUCGAAGAAGUUCCUUGGCCAGAUAUAUAUUCCAGACAUCAAUUGGAUCCUUAUGGUUCUCUGCAUCACUGUUACUGCUGGGUUUGAGAAUCAAAGCCAAAUUGGAAAUGCAUAUGGUACUGCUGUUUUGUUUGUGAUGCUGGUAACAACAUUUCUCAUGAUAUUAAUCAUGAUAUUAGUGUGGCACUGCCAUUGGAUCCUCGCCAUCAUUUUCGCUGGCGUAUCACUUCUCGUGGAGCUUUCAUACUGCUCUGCUGUGCUAUUCAAAGUUGAUCAAGGUAGUUGGAUACCCUUUUUAAUUGCUGGAGCAUUUUUCAUUGUCAUGUAUGUAUGGCACUACGGUAAGCUGAAACGAUACGAGUUUGAAAUGCAUAGUAAGGUCUCAAUGGCAUGGGUUCUUGGCCUCGGACCGAGUUUAGGACUGGUUCGAGUCCCCGGAGUUGGACUAGUAUACACACAACUCUCAAGAGGAGUACCACAUAUCUUUUCACAUUUCAUAACUAACUUGCCAGCUAUACAUUCCGUUGUAAUUUUCGUGUGCGUUAAGUAUCUUCCUGUCUACACUGUCCCGGAAGAAGAACGGUUCCUUGUCAAGAGAAUUGGCCCCAAGAGUCUCCACAUGUUUCGCUGCGUGGCGCGAUAUGGCUACAAAGAUCUCCACAGGAGAGAUGAUGAUUUUGAGAACAAACUCUUCGAAAGUCUUUUCUUGUUUGUCAAGCUUGACUGCAUGAUGGAAGGAUGCUCGGAUUCAGAGAAUUACAGUUCGUAUGAGCAAACACCGGCCGAGUCCAAUAACAAUAACGAGAAUACACAUUCAUCGAAUAUGGAUUUGUCAGUUAUGUCAGUAGAUUCACUAGAAUCUGAUAGAUCUGAAUCACAUGGGAAUAUUGCUUCACGGCCACCUGAGGUCGACGAACUCGAGUUCUUGAACAAAUGCCGGGAUGCCGGGGUGGUUCACAUUCUUGGAAACACAGUUGUGAGGACGAGGGAUUCAAGAUUCUUCAAGAAAAUAGCUAUUAAUUUUAUAUAUGCAUUCCUUAGGAAGAUAUGCAGGGAAAAUAGUGUGCUUUUCAAUAUUCCUCAUGAGAGUCUCUUAACUGUUGGUCAGAUUUGCUAUAUAUAGUGGCCCUUUACCUCCUGUUUUAUGCAAAUGUAGAAUAAAAUACUGGGAACACAUCCCAUGAGAUUUUUGAAUAUAUUAUAUGUUGAUAUAUUCUUUUUUAUUAUAAUAUAAAAAUUGAUAGGAAAUAAAUGUUUCACUGGACAACAUGAAGUUUUAUAUUAGAUUGUAUGGAUGGAGCAGAACUUGCUACGAGGUUAUGAGCAGAAUAUGUAUUAGACUACAUGGGGAUAGUCAUAUUGCUAGGAGGCUUUGAUAUAUGGGUGGUAGGAUCAUACGCACAAGAAAAAAUAUACUCGAACGUCCCAACAAGCUAGCUAGGUCAUCCCUCACACGAGCACACUGGUACGCCCCAACAAACUAGUCAGGCCAUUCUUCACACGAGCCGGUUUUGGUAAUGUAGCCUACAUGCUUGAGUGGGAUUAUGAUUGGAUGCUGGUGUUUUCUAUCGAGAGGUGGCUUCCGGAGUCACAUACUUUUCAUUUGUUUGGGAGAGAUGACAAUCACCCUAUAGGAUGUAACUUAUCAGUUAGGACUUUGGACGGAAAGAGAUUCUGUUAGUGGCUACAUAAAAGGGUGGGAGAUGUUCUAUGAUGGACGUAGCAGGGAGGAUUUAUGUAUGCAAUUGUUAGGAGUCGUAGCGAAGUCUGCUGGCAAAUAGGAUCAGAGUAAGUGGGUUGUCAACCUAUUCUGGUUCCGGGUGAUAGUAAGUCAAGAUUUAGAUGAGGAUUCCAUGUAGGAGCGACAUAUGCAGUACAUUCGAGGGUAUAUCAUGCAGAUCAUAGGAGGUAUCUUUUUUUUCGGAUGCGUCAAACUCCCGAGUCGACAUAAGGUGGCUCCCACUUUUAGACUCCAGAUGUCUUGGGAUUCUACUGUUCUGCCUUUCUUUACCAGCAGAUGUGUCGGGUGAUACAUAGCAAGUAGCGAAACUUGGGUGGCUACAGUGAUUUGCUCCUUUUUUGGACGUAUCAUCGCAUCAUUCCAUGUCGACCCCAAAGAUUUGACGAGCAAAGGUUUUUAUUGACACAGAGUCAUUUAGUAUUUUUUAUUUAUUUCGUUGUUCUCAAAUCUAUCGACUAAGAAUGUGUAAUUUAUGAGAAUUAAUGGGGUUUGCAGGUGGUUGGAAUACGAGCCAGUUAGGGUUCGUGAGGAGACUAGGAUGAGGAUUUGAUUCUCAAUAGUAUUAGGGUGAACAAUGUAAGUAAUCCAUAUAUUGUUGCCCUCAGGUGGCAUAUUUAGAUCGGAUUUGGAUCUUCUA